UCGUCUUCUCCUUCUGCCACUGUAAAAGUUUUAAUUUUUGAAGUCUCAGAAAAUAGAAAAGCUUAUCUCAAAAGAGGCAAGGCAAUAAUGAUUUCACGUAGCUCAACUUCAAUGCUCCAUUUCUACAGUUUAUCAACCACCACCCCAAAUCUCUUCUCUCAUUUCAGCCUCUCCUCUUUUCUCUGUACUUCCGCGCCAUCUCAUCCAUUCCGUUUUAUUUGGCUCAAACAAUCUUACCGGCGCCGAACCAGGGACUUUAGUAGCGCCGCUAUUUCUGCCUCUUCUCAAAAUAAAACUGGGAGGGAUACCUUCUUUGCUGAAGAGACUGUUUCCUGGAAGUCUUUAGGCUUGUCUGAUAGGAUCUCUCAAGCGCUCUCUAAUGCCGGUUUCGACAGACCCUCCCUCGUUCAGGCUGCCUGCAUGCCGUCUAUACUCUCUGGAAAAGAUGUGGUAAUUGCUGCGGAGACUGGUAGUGGUAAAACAUAUGGUUAUCUAGUUCCCCUGAUUGAUAAGCUCUGUAGUUCUAGGCACGAUUGGGAUAAUGAUUCCGAGAAACCUACUUCUUCUUCGCCUAGCUGUUCUGUUGUUCUUUGCCCAAAUGUGUUGCUCUGUGAACAAGUGGUUAGAAUGGCUAAUGAUCUUUCGGGCGAUGAUGGCAAACCACUUCUCAGAGUCGCAGCGGUGUGCGGUCGACAGGGGUGGCCAGUUAAUGAACCAGAUAUUAUUGUGUCAACACCAGUUGCUCUUUUGAAUAAUAUAGAUCCCAAGACCCAUCAUCGUUCGGAUUUCAUCCGUUCUGUAAAGCAUGUGGUUUUUGAUGAAGCAGAUUUGCUUCUUUGUGGGGGCUUUGAGAAUCAUGUUAUCCGUCUUAUACACAUGCUCUGUUUUGAUGAAAAACUGUUGUCUCGGAUGAAUAAAUCUGGACUUGAGAAUCCUGUAGAACUGAAUUCUGUUUCUGUAUCACACUUAGACUUCGAGCGUGAGGAAAACAUUCAAAAUGAAUCCAUCUCUGAAGCUGUGGAAAUGUCUGAGGAUGAUGUUGAUGCCGAGGAUUUGACAGAAGAAACUCAAACUUCACCUGUCAAGAAAAAGGACUGGAGGAGAGUGAGAAAAAAUUAUGAACGAAGUAAGCAGUACAUAUUUGUUGCUGCAACCCUUCCAGUUAAUGGAAAGAAAACUGCUGGCGCAGUGUUGAGAAAGAUGUUUCCAGAUGCCAACUGGGUUAGUGGAAGCUACCUCCAUCAACACAAUCCUAGAUUGAAGGAGAUAUGGAUUGAAGUCACAACUGACACUCAGGUUGAUGCACUAAUAGAAGCUGUAAAGCAAUUCGACUCAAAAGCAUUGGAUCAUGGUGCUGGUGUUAACCGAACCAUGGUGUUCGGUAACACUGUUGAGGCUGUUGAGGCAGUGGCUAAUAUACUGCAGAGGGCUGGAAUUGAGUGUUACCGUUACCAUAAGGACCUCUCUCUGGAAGAACGUGCUGAGUCCUUAGAUGAUUUCCGAGAGAAAGGCGGAAUUUUUGUGUGCACAGAUGCUGCUGCUCGUGGUGUUGACAUUCCAAAUGUUUCACAUGUCAUCCAGGCUGACUUUGCCACUUCUGCAGUAGAUUUUUUGCAUAGGGUUGGUAGAACAGCACGAGCCGGUCAAUUUGGAGUUGUUACUAGCCUCUACAAUGAAUCCAACCGAGACCUUGUUAAUGCGAUUUGUGCAGCUGGGAAGCUGGGUCAGCCUGUGGAAUCGGCAUUUAGCCGGAAAAGGAGUUUCCGGAACAAACUUAAGAAGAGAGUAGGUUCAAACAAAGCCAGGGACACAACAACUGCUGAAUUGAUGGUGUAACAAACAAGAUGGAGUGUAUAAGACGAGUUCUGUUCGAUACUAAGCGUGAUCUUACUGGAAGGAAAUAGGGUUAUCGAUUCCAUCUAUCGGAUAUACGCCCGGCGUUACUAACCAUUUCUAUCCCACCAACUCCACAGUUCUGUCCACCAAAGAUGUUCUUAAGGGACCAAUUCUGAGUAUCAUUGAUCCUGGCUCCACAUUUGCCUGUAGUCAUCGUAUUAUUUUACUUGCACG